AUGGCCACGAGAACAGUCCGGAGCAGUGGAGAGCCGUUUCCCACAGCAGGAAGAGUCUUGGGCUUGGUUGUUUCCCUCCUCUCGACAAGCGUGUUGGCUCUGUUCCUGAUGAUGUUUGCCAUUUACACGGAUUCGUACAUCUUUGUCUUUGCAUCGGCCAUGCUGCAGCACUCUAUCGGCUUGAAUGCUAGCUUUAGAGCUUGCGACAGCGCUAUUUUGAUCUGCCUCGUUUGUUAUGUUACCACCAAGAGUUGGCACUUGAUGUUUUCGAGCAAGUCUACCGGUGCUGACGGUUUGCAAAGUUUAUAUACCUCUUUCUGGUUGAAAAGGCGGUAUGCUGCACAGUUGAAGGUGAUUUCGGGGUCAUGGAUGACUGACGCGCGGCAGCACAUCAUUCGCGGCACGCCAAAGAAGAGAAUCCGCUCGAGAUUGUACAUGUUCAACUCUCUAGGUAUGAUUUCGGUGUAUGUGGCUGUCGUAAUUCUCAACUUUGCAUUUCGGAUAGCCAAGCUAGAGGAUGAUGGGAAGUGCAUUAUCGGCAUGAAGAGCUUUGCCAUGAUUCCGCUCAUUUCCUUCGACGCUGUUGUAAAUGUAUACCUGACAAUGAUUUUCCUCAUUCCGCUUCGCAACCUCUACUCAUACAAGAACAUGCCUCGCACGCACGCAAAUAUGCGACUUCGAACUGUUGCUUUCAGAACAUUUUGUGGAGCAGUUUGCACGCUGCUAAGCAGCAUGGUGUAUGAUGAGGCUCUGAAAGAUGUCUUUUUGUGGUUUGGCCAAGAAGGUGCUGACAUUUUUAGAAACCUGUGUUGGGUGUGUCUGAUGAGCUGCAAUUGCGACAUUCUUUUUUCCGCUGCUGUCAUCCAAUGGGUCACAUCCAAGGACAACGUCGGUACCUCGACGGCCUCGUCAACAAGCGGCGUUGUCAAUGGGAGGGAAGCCCUAGGUCACGAUUCGAUCAGGGUCCUCACUCCAUACGCAGCAAUUUCCUCGACAGCAUCAAGUCCAGUUGAACUCUCCUUGGUAGCUACAGCCCGAUCCUCAACCCAGGCCGGCAUGCACGCGGACGAAGCCACAAGCGCCGGCGGCGUCAUCGUCACAACCACCAUCGAACGGGAGACCAAGCUCGGCGGCGGCACCAAGUCCCAAGAAAGCCCAGUGGGCAUCCCGAUGGGCCGCGGAUACCAGGAACGUUGCUAUGCUGGAGAGGAGGCCUGUGCAACUUUCCAAGAAGCGUACGGCUCUAGAGUGAACAUCACCGCGCGCCAGCCUUAG